CCAGAACACUACCAACUCUCAACCGAGUGCAACCAACUCUCGAGAUCCCAAGUUUUAUUACAAUCCCGAAGUGCCAACAAAACAAUGUCGUUCAUCACACGGGAAUACAAGUUUGAGAGCAGCAAGAUGAUGGAGCAGAAAUCAGAUCAGCACACGAUGGCCAUGCGGAGUCUGAAGAAACUGGUCAAACCCCUUCUGCGGCUGGUGAAGAAGAAGCAGCUACUCCGGAAGACUCUCGCCGAGAUCCAGAACCAAAAUGCAGUCAACGCCUCGCUGGAGGACAUGCGCAAAGAUCCGGCGGCCAGUUGUGAUAACAUGGCCAACGAGGAGCUGGAGCAGCGGCUGUACAGCGAUCUCCGCCAGUGCCCCAACAACUCGGCGAUGAUCGUGCAACAGGGUCAGCAGCAGAGCAUUGUGCCCGUGAAUCCCGAGCAGACCUUCAUCCCGGUGCACUUCGCCCGCACCAGCAGCGGCACCUUCUUCUGGACCUCGGCCGAGGGAGCUCGCCAGCACCAGGAGCAGCAAUUGCGCCAGAAGUUCGAUCGAUGGGUCCAGGCCUAGAAAUCUAUCCCCAAAACAAUGACGAUCCACCAGGAAAAUCUCCAAUUGGCAGCUUUAAGUGCAAGUGUCUCCGUCCAUUGGUCGUCGGAUGGAUGCGGGUUCAGCUUCGCAUGUUCGUAAUCUCAGGGUGAUAUUAGGCAUAGAUUGGAUUCUUUGGGCAUCCGACCCAAGGGAAACACAACUCUAAUUGAUAUUCAAUUAUCACAAUCAAGCGUUACUACCGUUAACUCAUUGUGAUUCCUCGUGUCUUAUUAGCCUUAAGUUAGUCUUAGCCGAAUCAUUGUCUUCCAUGUUUGUUUGUUAGGGUCUUCUAAUAGGUACUAGGCUAAGAAUCAUUGUCUUCCAUGUAAAAUUUAGUUAUACUACAACCUAUAUCUAAUAAGAAAUAAAAAAAAUAAAAAAAAAAACUAUUUUAUGU